ACUGGAGGGAGGACGCAGAAAGGAGAGAAGGGGACAGAUAGACGGAGGCACGGAAGCAGAUCGAUUGGAGAAAUAACGAUCAGACUGAUACCCUUCACUAAAGCAUGAGAUUUGCGUAAGGCAGCAUCUUCAGGAGGAUUCUGCUCAAGUUACACAUUUUGUUCUGAGAGAAGUUUAAUAAAGAGGUGGAUUGUAACAUAUCGAUUACUAUGGGCUCCAAAAAGCAACGUUCAAAGACUCCAGCGUCUUCGAACAACCCGCGCUGCUUUCCAAUGGGACUUUCACUGUUGAUUCUUCUACCUUUGUCUGUUGCCUUCAACUUGGAUAUGGAGAACCCAGCGGUGUAUACCGGACCAAACGGUAGUUACUUCGGGUACUCGGUGGACUUUCACAUGACUGGCUCAAGUGUCAGUAUUAUAGUGGGAGCACCCAAAGCCAACACCAGCCAGCCCAACAUCAGAGAAGGAGGAUCGGUCUUCUACUGUCCAUGGAGCCUCAGCCAAUCACAAUGCAGCAGCAUAGAGUUUGAUGGACAGGGAGAUCUAAAUAUGACCCUGAAUUAUACAGAGCAUCAGGGAGAGUUCAAAUCCCAUCAGUGGUUUGGAGCAACAGUACGAGUGCAUGAAGAUAGUGUUCUGGCUUGUGCCCCCCUCUACUCAUGGAGAACCAAGGAUGAUAUACCUGGUGCUGAUACUACUGGCUCAUGUUUUCUGUCAAUCAAUAACUUCACCAAGUUUGUGGAAUAUGCUCCGUGCCGUACAGAAUUCUAUGGACGUGAAGGACAAGGCUACUGUCAAGGUGGAUUCAGUGCUGAUUUUACAAAGAAAGGAAAGGUGGUGCUUGGAGGACCUGGCAGUUACUUCUGGCAAGGCCAAGUGAUCACUGCGUUUAAACAAGAAAUAGUCAAGGCCUAUUACCCAGGAUACUUUUUGACAUCAGUGAAUGGCCAGAUUCAGACUAAACAGAUAAAAGAGAUCAAAAUUGAUGACAACUACAUGGGUUACUCAAUGGCUGUGGGCGAGUUCAGUGGUGAUGAUGAUGAAGACUUUGUGACUGGAGUUCCCAGGGGAGUCAGUCUGCAUGGACAGGUUUCCAUUCUCAAUGGUUCUCUGGAUACACUGAAGAACUUCACUGGUGAGCAGAUGGGUUCCUACUAUGGCUAUGCGGUAGCUGCUACUGACAUAAACAAUGACGGGAUGACGGACCUGCUAGUUGGGGCUCCCAUGUUCAUGGUUCGUGACUCUGAUGGGAGGUUAGAGGAGUUGGGUCGGGUCUACGUGUACAUGCAGAACAAAACUUUGGAUCUCACACCUCAGCUACCUCACCUCACGGGCACACAGAUGUUCGGCAGGUUUGGCAGCUCCAUUACCCCUCUCGGAGACCUCAACCAAGAUGGAUACAAUGACGUGGCCAUCAGUUGUCCGUUUGGUGGGGAAAACAAACAAGGACUGGUGCUCAUCUAUAACGGACAUGCUGGAGGACUCAGGGAAAAGCCCUCUCAGGUGAUUGCUGGCCAAUGGGCCUCUGCCCCAGGGUCAGCUCUACCUGCCAGCUUUGGUUUCGCCCUUCGUGGAGGCAAAGAUCUGGAUGAAAAUGGCUACCCAGAUCUUAUUGUUGGGGCAUUUGGUGCAGACACUGCAGUUCUUUACAGGUCUCGUCCUAUUGUGAACACUAGUGCCACCUUGACUGUCUCUCCAACUAUGAUUAAUCCUGAGGAGAAAGUUUGCACCAUAAGCCGUGGGAACGAAACCCUGCAUGUGUCCUGUGUCAACCUAAGCUUUUGCCUCUCAGCCAAUGGGAAGCACCUACCAAAUCAUCUUGAGUUUAACGUUGAAGUUCAGCUGGACCGUCUGAAGCAGCAGCAGAAAGCGGCCGUACGAAGAGCUCUGUUUUUAGAAACCCACCUUCCCUCUCUGCUGAGGACUCUGACUGUGCCAAAUGGAGCCAGAGUCUGCAGUGACACCAAGAUCUACUUGCGGAAUGAGAAGGACUUCAGGGAUAAGCUGUCACCUAUCUUCAUUGCGCUCAACUUCAGCCUGAACCCUCAAGCCGCGGCAGACAGAUACGGUCUGCGGCCCAUCCUCAACUACCAAACAGCAGAGCUCAUCGAACAGAAAGCCCAGAUUUUAUUGGACUGCGGAGAGGACAACAUCUGCGUCCCUGACCUGAAACUCUCUGUGCAAGGGGACAGGAAGGAAGUGUACAUUGGUGAUGACAACUCUCUGACACUGACUUUCAACGCAAAGAACGAUGGAGGUGGAGCGUAUGAAGCCGAACUGUAUGUGGUCUUGCCACCAGAGGCAGACUACAGUGGAAUAGCCCGCAAUAACGAGAGUCUGGCUCAACUGACCUGCAGUUAUGAGAUGGAAAAUCAGACCCGCUAUCUCAGCUGUGACCUGGGCAACCCCAUGAAAUCAGGCACCAGCGUAUGGGCUGGACUGCGAUUCACAGUACCACGUCUCAAGGACACACACAAAUUUGUGCAGUUUGACCUACAGAUACGUAGUAAGAAUGAGAAUAACUCCCAGAGUGAAGUGGUUCCCUACAAAUUGGAGGUGGUGGUCCGGUCAGAUGUUAUUCUACAGGGUGUCUCCCGACCAGACAAGGUCUUCUUUCCUCCUCCGAACUGGAAGUUGACCAAGAAUGUGAUGGUUGAACAGGAUGUCGGACCCUCCGUCCAGCACACUUACGAGUUGGUGAACAACGGGCCGAGCCGCAUCAGUCACACUCUACUGCAGCUCAAAUGCCCCAUGAUGCUUCAAAGCAGCAGGUUCAUUUACCCGGUGGAGGUCACGACGGAGGGCCCUGUUAACUGCACCACCCACAACAUAGUCAACCCUUUGAACCUCAGGCUCCAGCAGUCUUCUACCGAGCAGCCUCCUUUACGAGAUGCGACGCACAAACACCACAUUGAGAAGAAGGAAACGCACAAGGGCGAGCUGUCUCAGCUGACCAAUCUGUCUUGCUCCAGUGUGGAUUGCUGGACUCUGAAGUGUAACGUUGGCCUGCUGGAGAGAGGGACUAGUGCCAUACUACAUGUUCGCUCACGAAUCUGGGCAGAAACAUUCAUGGAGAAUCCUUAUAAAAACCUUAUUCUGGAGUGCAUUGCUAGUUACAAAGUGGAAAAGAUGCCAUAUGCCAUUCUGCCAAAAGUGACUUCUAGUGGUGCUAAAAAGAUGGUCACUCCUGUGGUAUGGAAUAAGCCAGACAGUACGUAUGCUGUUCCUCUGUGGAUCAUCAUUCUGGCUAUUCUGGCCGGUCUUCUACUGCUCGCACUGCUGAUCUACGUCCUCUACAAGCUCGGCUUCUUCAAGAGAACUCCGUACGGCACGGCCAUGGAAAAAGCCCAGCUCAAACCUCAGGCUGCAUCCGAGGCCUAAACUACUAAACUAAGAGCAUUCAGAGAGCACGUCCCGGAGAAUGUUCUUAACCAGAGGCCAUCCAAAGAGAAGUUACUUGCGGUUUA